CCUGUGCCAGCCAAGGCUGCCCUGCAACUCCUUCAGAUGCUAUGAUCCACAGCUGUGGAGACUCUCGGAGAAUUGACCUGUCCCCCAACAUACCAUCUAGCUGCAGAAGGUGAUAGAGCCAGAAAUAACUAAGAAGGAAAAACACCCCACCAAGACAGCUGAUGAGUUUGGGAAGAGUGGGUUCUUCUGGAAUUUGUGGAUUUCAUUAGAAUCCCCCAACUUUGGUUCAAGGCAAAAACAAGAAAAUGCGUGAAAUCGUACAUAUUCAGAUUGGCCAGUGUGGGAACCAGAUCGGAUCCAAGUUCUGGGAAGUGAUUGGGGAGGAGCACGGGAUUGAUGUCAAUGGGAGCUACCAAGGAGAUUCACCCCUGCAGCUUCAAAGAAUAAAUGUUUACUACAAAGAAGCCUAUGAUAAAACGUACGUGCCUCGAGCUGUCUUAGUGGAUCUGGAGCCUGGUAUCAUGGACAGCAUCCGGUCUAGCAACUUAGGAACCCUCUUUCAACCUGAUAAUUUUGUCCACGGUAAUUCAGGAGCUGGCAACAAUUGGGCAAAGGGUUACUAUACAGAAGGCGCUGAACUGAUUGAACAAGUGUUGGAUGUGGUCAGGUAUGAGAGUGAGAACUGUGACUGCCUUCAGGGUUUUCAGAUAGUCCACUCACUGGGGGGAGGAACUGGAUCUGGUAUGGGUACUCUCCUUAUGAAUAAGAUCAGAGAAGAAUAUCCAGACCGGAUUAUGAAUACCUUUAGCAUAAUGCCUUCUCCUAAAGUCUCUGAUACAGUUGUAGAGCCAUAUAAUGCGGUACUUUCCAUCCAUCAGCUCAUUGAGAACACCGAUGCAUGCUUCUGUAUUGAUAAUGAAGCCCUAUAUGAUAUAUGCUUCAGAACUUUAAAGUUGACAACUCCCACUUACGGUGACCUCAAUCACUUGGUGUCCUUGACAAUGAGUGGGAUUACUACCUCCCUUCGCUUUCCUGGUCAACUUAAUGCUGAUCUGAGAAAACUGGCAGUGAACAUGGUUCCUUACCCCCGGCUCCACUUCUUUAUGCCUGGCUUUGCCCCACUGACAGCCCGGGGCACUCAGCAGUACAGAGCUCUCACCGUUGCUGAACUUACCCACCAGAUGUUUGAUGCCCGUAACAUGAUGGCUGCCUGUAACCCCCGCAAUGGACGUUACUUAACUGUAGCCUGUAUUUUUCGAGGCAAGCUAUCCACCAAGGAAGUGGACGAACAGAUGCUCAAGAUGCAAACCAGAAAUAGCAGUUAUUUUGUGAAGUGGAUUCCCAACAAUGUCAAAGUAGCUGUGUGUGACAUCCCACCACGGGGGCUAACUAUGGCUGCAAUCUUUAUGGGGAAUAACACUGCAAUUCAGGAGUUAUUUAUCAGGGUUACUGAGCAAUUUUCAGCUAUGUUCAAAAGGAAGGCUUUUAUCCACUGGUACACUGGUGAAGGGAUGGACUUAAAUGAAUUUCUAGAAGCAGAAAGUAACAUCCAAGAUUUGAUAACAGAAUAUCAACAAUGUCAAGAUGGCAAAACAAUCCAGAAGAAGCAGCAGCAUAAGAAUGAAAAAGAAGCUGAGACAGAAUCAGAAGAAUCAGAAGAAACAGAAGAAACAGAAGAAACAGAAAACGAAGAGUCAACAGAGGAAUGAAAGAAAAAAAAAGCUUAAAUGUGAGAAUAAAUAUAGGAACAGCAAGAAGUGGAAGGAUGAAAGAGUGCUGCAAUCUGACAAGAAUGUUGCUUUUUUAAAAUAAAGUACCAUGGUAACACCAAGGAAAGCAAAUAAGAUGGACCAUCAGCAUUACUGAUAGUUUCAAUAUUUACAGAAGUCAAAUCUAAUGACUUGAAAUUUCUACUUGGAGAGGAAAACAACUGUAAACAAUAUAGAAGAUAUGUUGAAUUCAAUUCAACAAAUUAAAGGAUUCACUGGACAGAAUAUUGUUAGGCACUAAGGGAGAUAAAGGGACAAAUUAGAUAAAGUCCCCUAUUCUCCAAAAUCUCACUAUCUAAUAGUGAAUAUCAAGUGUAUAAAAAUAACUGGCACAGAAUAGACUAUUAAAAAUGUCUAUGAGAGAUAACAAUGUUCUCAAGGAGUUCAGAGGAGAAAAAGGUGACAUAUUCUGUCAAGGCCAGGAAAAACUUUAUGGAGAACUUAGAAUUUGACUGAGAAACUGAAGAAUGGAUAGGACUUAAACAGGUGGAUAUUAGGAUGAGAGGGAAGAAAAGGCUGGGGGAAUGAAGGAAAUAUCAGGCACAGGCAUGGAAAACAGUAUAAGCAGAGACAUAAAAAAAUGCCCAAAUCCUCAGAAUAAGUUUCAAGUAGAUGAAGUAUGAAAAUAAGGAUGAAAAGAAGUUAAAGCCACAUUUUAGGUGAGUCUGAAUAGAAGACUAAGGACAUUACUGGCAAUGGUACAUAAUGGGAGUUGUUCAAACUCUUUAGCUUCUAAGGAGUGAUGGGAUCAGAGGAUGUACAAUAAGGGAUAAUAUGGAAGCAACAAUUAAGAAUAGGUUUAGGUACAAAGAGCUUAGAAGCAGUAAGCUUGGUUAGCUUUAUCAUAGCCUAGAUAAGAAGUAAGAAGGGAACAAAUAAGGCUGUUAGUCUAAAUGAAAGGAUAAAAAUAGACAUAUUGGAAUGAAAAGCAAUUAUUUAACACCAUGUUCCAAGCAUUGUUCAAUUUGAUGGGUGUAUAAAUACAGGUCAAGAGAGAGGCAGUCCCUGCCUUCAGGUUUUUUUUUUAUAAUAAAGGGAGACAAAACUUUGUCCAGGGAAAGAUGCUUUGGCCUGAGAAUUCAGAGAUAUUGAAUGAAUUCAAAGGGGAGUCCACUGACAUUCUCUUUCCACAUGCAAUAUUAUUUGAUUAUGGUUUGCAGAAUAUGAUGUGAAUAGUAAGAUGAUUGGAAUGAAUCUGGGUAAGAUGUGAGAAUAGGGCUAGUUGAAUGUAAUAGACUAUGUGAGUUUUUGUUCUCAUUCAUCUAUGAGGACAGCUUCCCUCUAAAAGUAGGAGUUUCAAAGUUGAGUUGAGCAGGUCUCUCUGGAAAGGUCAGAGGGCACUCUAAACUAUCAUGAUGCAAGAAGAUGGCACAUGUGGAUGACUGGAUUGGAUAUAAAACAUGAAUUUUGUAGGGUUAAUAGUACUUCCAGUGGAAAAGAUAGGAAAAGAGUCAAAGAUGACUAAGCAAGGGUGUCUGAGAAAUCGUAGUGUUAUUAAUAGAAACAGGAAAAUCAAGCGAAAACAAUAGAAUUUAGUGAAAACCUGUUAACACCUUUUACAGUGGGCUAAUUCCUGAGACCCAAAAGAUAAAACUUACAUUUAUUAAAAAAUUAUACACGUGCUUGAGAAUUGUUGAUUCAAAAUAUGAAGCAACCGUGUAUGUGUUGUGUAGUAGAAUGUUGCAUUUCAAACCUGGAGACCUGGAUUCAAAUGCCCUUCUAGACUUUAAUAGUUAAGUGAUCUCGCCUCGGAAAAGAAAAUGGUUUCUAUAAGUUGUUAUGUUAACUGAAAAAGUAUGUAUAAUUUUUUGAAAUCUUAAAAUGCUAUUUAAAUGACAGCUUUUAUCAACAAGUAGCUAUAUGAAUAUUAAAAAUAUUUCUGUUAACUUAAAAUUCUUAUGUUUAUGUCUGUAAACAAUAAAAA